ACGUGCAGGUUAUUCGAGGCUGCUGUCGCUGUACGUAGAAGCUGUAGGAGUCGUGUGUGCGCUACCUACUGCUCACAUAAAAGUUAUAGCCUAGUGUUUGUUAGACGACCUAACCCUGUCUGCGAGGGUUAAAACCCUAACCCCAACCCUAACCGCUGUAGAUGUAGCCUACAGCAUCUUGCAAUGGAUAAAAACACUGAAGGACAAGCAAUGUUCGCCCCACCCGCAGCUGAGUCCCAGGGCCCCAGCGCUCCUCCGGCCAGCAUGUUUGACAGCAUGCCUGGCUAUGAAGGAACAGUGGCAGGAGGAGGUGGAUGUCUGCCUCCUCCGAUGCCUGCUUUCCCAGUUCCUCAGCCUGAACCUCACCCUGAACAGCCACAUUGGAACAUCCCCUCUAUAACUGAAGAUACCGCCCGGGAGGCGCUUCUCCUGUACGCCUCCAGCAAGUGCUGCUACAGUAAAGCACCAGCAAAGGAUGGCGUGAUCACCAACAUGGAUGCAUUCAAUACAUACAGAUAUCGCCUGGAAACUUUUACUGAAUCAAGAUCUACACAGUGGAGUCACGAGCCGUACAAUGGCCAGCCAGUGGAUGCCUUUGCUCAGCCACCUCCAGGUCCUUGGGACAUUCCUGCUCAAUCGCCCAACUUUUUUAUGGAUGAGAAACAGAUGAUAAAGGUUCCUUACACAUCAUCCAUGAAGCCCUGCCACGCUUGUGUGGGAAUGGGACGAAAACCUUGCAAGGACUGUGCUGGUGCCGGAAAUAAAGUUUGUUGGGUCUGCAAUGGAUCCGGUUACCGCCACGGAGAUGAUCGCUGCCACCACUGCAAUGGCAGAGGGAGGGAAAAUUGCAGCCACUGUCACGGCCAAGGAUCGAGGCAAUGUGACACAUGUCAUGGAAAACAAAACCUCCUGGUCUACAUCAACCUCACUGUGAAAUGGACUAACAACAUUGAUAACUAUGUUGUGGAACAGUCUAGUGGACUGCAGAUCGACAACCUCAGCAAGGUGUCUGGCAAGGAGCUUUUCAGGGACUCGCAGUACCUGGUGUACCCAGUGAUGGGCUUCCCAGACCCUACAGUGGUGAAUGCUGCUCAGCGCCUUGUCAGUGAACACCAGGCCAAAUUCUCCCAGACGUCACGCAUUCUUCAACAGCGUCAAACCAUAGAGCUGAUCCCUGUCACCAAGGUGACCUACUCGUGGAAAGGGAAAUCACACAUUUAUUUUGUUUACGGGAAUGAGUUCAAAGUUGAUGCCGAUAACUAUCCUGCUACCUGCUGCUGCUCUAUACAGUAAUAGGUGGUUGGUUGCAAAUGAAGGUUUUACCUUUCCAGAUCAUUGGAUAUCUAAAUAAAUUAGUUUUACAUAGAACUACUGACAAUGGGGAGAGGCAUUUGAUCAAAUUACCUCCCACAAGAUAGUAGAAUUGAUGAAGCCUCUUCAAUAAGUGAUUUAUAAGGGAACAUUUACAUGAAAAACCUGUAUAUGAUCAGAUUUUUGGAGUAUUUUAAGUAUGAUUGAGCACAUAAAUACCCUAUUCCCUUUAUUAGAAACCCGAAUAUGUUUGCUGGAAUACUCUAAAGAAACUGGGAUGUAUAUGGGGAAUGUGAAUAAUUCAAUGUCACUGUAGUCAUAUACACACCAUAUCCCCAAUUGCAACAGUAUAAGAUUUUCACAAUAUAAUAACUGUCUCAGAAAAUGUCAUGAUUUCACAGUAUCACAGUAUUACUGAAUUAUUAUUAUUAUUAUAAUCAGUCAGAAUGACCCUUAAAGGUAUGAAAACAAAAAGGUUACAUUUAGUUGUUACUUUAAAACCAGUAUAUUGCUGCAUCCCUAUUACCAAUAUGGUCAUAAAUGGGUUAUAUAUGUUCAUGUAAUCACACUUCAGAAAGAGAAUUUACCUAUGACUCACUGCUACAAGAUAACUAAUAUUUGGUAAGUGAUUUUAAUUGUUUCGUGUCAUAUGUAUGCAUGCACCACUUAAAAGAAUUGCUUACUGACACAAUAUAAACCCGAAUUCUACUAUAUUCCCAAAUCCUAUACCUUUUGCUCUUAUAUGGCAGCAGUGUUUUUUUUUAUAAUCACCAGUAAAACCAAAUAUUUGAUAUUUGUAAUAAUAAAUGAUAUAAUAAUACUAUUCACUGCUAUGUUAGUCACAUGUAUUUGCACCUAAUCCGUUUGCUCUCGCGACAAAACCAAUAGUUUUUAUGUGUAUGUAGGUAGUUAGUAAAUGUGUCUCAUCUUGUACGACAAAAACUUGUAAUACUUGCUUCCGAUUGAAUAAAUGGUAUUUCGCAA